AUGAAGAUCAUUCUUCCUCUAUGUGCUCUUGUUGUCUUCGCCGUGACGUGGGUGCAGGCUGGUUUUCCCCCCAUGCCCGACAGUGUGGCUAGUGGCGGCGAGGAAAUCCGCGGUUUGUGGGAGGCUGCGAGCCGAGGCACGUUCAUGAAUGUCCUUCCCCCUAGCAUGGCCCGCAUCCAGGACGAGUGGACCAACUUUCUCAGCACCGAAGGCGAAGACAUCAUCAACAGGGAGACGUUCCGAGGCAAUAUCUUUGCUGCAAAAUUUCACGGUCACGGCAAAUUUGUCAAGAUGGCCAACUUUGCACUGACAAAGCCGUACCAGUACCAUCCAAACACCGAUGCAUACAAGCCUCAGGUGGCCGCCCUUCUCAUUGAGACGUUUGCAAGCAGACCCACUCCCGCCAGGAAGGUGCAGUGGGGCAAGGAUCUCCGCCUCGGACGACCUGGAUCCACCAGCCCCUAG